AUAAAGUGCGAACAAGGGUUUGGGAGAAUUGGCAUCACAAACAGAACAGUACAGAACGCAGCCGCAUGGAUCGCCUUGAGGACGCCAAGUUGAUGAAAUUCUCAGAUCCAUCCUUUGAGUUGUUGUUCAGUAAUCUGGGCGAGAGCUUGUUUGUUGAAAUCCUGGCCAGGCUCCCCAGCAGAGCAGCUAUCCGGUUGAAAUUGGUAUGCAAGAGCUGGUGUUCUCUUAUCUCUUCUCACUAUUUUAUUACUUUAUUCAAUCACCGCCGCCAUGACCCAUCCCUUCCGCCAAUUCUUCAUCAUCCUCAUUCAUCAUCGCCAUCGCCUGCCUGCUUUAUAUUCCAAAAUAUGUUUAACCGCAAUUUCCCGAUCGUUUGCGAUGGAUACCCCCACCCUGAUGCCAAUUCGUGCGGCUUCCGAAGGCUCCGUGUGCUGAUUUAAUUCUAUGCGCCUCCAUCCCCAUCUACUAUUCCCCUUCCGUAUCCGCAUUCUAUGUCUGUAAUCAGCUAACCAAGCAGUGGACUGCUCUUCCUCCCCCUCCCCUCCAAUUCCAAUCCAGUGAGAGGGAGAUGCACGUAAUGUCCACUGGCUUCCUUUGCGUUCCUGCGCCCUGUUCCCUUUGCACCACCAAUCAGCAAUCGCAAUGUGUAGACCAUUCUCGCUAUGAUUGUGUGGUGGUUCACAUUUGUGUUUAUCCACCCAUUUCUUGCUGCAAAUACAGACUUCAACUCUUCUCGUCUCAGGAAUGGAAAAGUCUUGUGGUUUCAUCACCGCGGCCCAUAUUUGCAAGGUUUCUAGUUCCUUCUACUUGUUUUCUUGUGACCUAUAAAGGGAUGCUGCAUAUGUUGCUUGCUAAGUAUAUUCUUGUGUAUGAUCCCUACAAUUGUCCUGAAAAAUUUUGCCGCGUAAUUGAUAUGCCGACUGAUGUGGAAGAUGAGAAGUGUUUCACUAGAACCCUUGGAUUAUCUCAGAAUCGUCUUUGUGUAACAUGCCGAAAGGGUGCGCACUUUGAAGGCCCAUAUUAUAUAUGGGAGCUGGAGGACUAUCACAUGGGGAAGUGGAGUUUGGUGCACAAGUUUUACAUUACACCAAAUAUUAUGAUUCUCUCAAACCUAGACCUUGUGCAUCCUAAUCUUGAUCCUAAAAUUAAAGACACAGGAUUUGCCAUUAAAGAUGGUACUUAUUUUUAUUGGAUCAAUUCUUCUGGGUGGUCUGCUUUUAGAGGAAUUGUUCAUUCCAUUACUCAACAGUGGUGGCCAACACCAGUGCCACCACUAAUCCGCGGCUACACAAUUGAAAAUAAUGAAAAUACGCUUGGGAAUUCAUAGAUCCAGUUUCCUCACCUCCUCCACAUCUAAAAAACAAAUUUCUUGUUUCCUUAAUUUUCUUUACUUAGUUACAUUUUUAAGUAUUAUUUUAUUUUUUUACCCAUUUUUGAUUUCACAUUCUGUAAUUUGAAGGCCGCAUGCUCAGCAUUUAAACAACUUCCAUUUAAUGAUAUGAUGGUAAGCCUACCAAUUUA